AGCAGUCAUUAAUGGAUAAGCAAGGCCAACCCCUGCUCUCCCAGGAAGGAAGAAAUGCACCUCUGAAAGCUGUCAUCUUUCUGGAGGUUUUCAACUGACCAAGCAUUGAAAAGAACACAAGAAGAAACAGGCUUGCAGAGCCUCUGGCCUUCCCAUUGAAGGCAGGGAGUGUAUGAAGACGGUUCAAACAUGUCAGAGACUUCCUCCCCUGACUCCUUCUAUGAUUCCUUAUCGGAUGUGCAGGAAGAAAGCAAGAAUGUGGACUUCUUCCCAGGACUAUCUGCUUUUCUCAGUCAGGAAGAGAUAAACAAGAGUCUUGACCUGGCCCGGAGAGCCAUUGCCAACUCUGAAACAGACGAUUUCGACUCGGAAAAGGAGAUCUCACAGAUUUUCAACACCUCUCCAGUAAGCCUUUGUGAAAAUGCUUCCCACAAGGAGGUCAAAUUGGCUGAGCCGACCUCCACAGCAAGGCCUCGGGAUACCAGGACAACACCGGUCCAGCCUCUGGCAGAAGAGCAAACUCACAGCAUCAGUUCACCUGCUUCUAGAAGAAAACCUGCCCUAUCCCCCCUGCUUGCUAGCCCCAGCUAUAUCCGGAGCCUGCGAAGAUCUGAGAAACGGGGUGCAAAAUUGUCCAGCCCCAAUGCGAAGCCCAAAGCAGCACAUCCAAGCCAGGCCGGUGCCCAGAGCCAGCUCUGCGACAAGGCUGCUAACUUCAUCGAGGAGCUGACGUCCAUAUUUAGGGAAGCAGCAAAGCCAAGAAACCGGAGCCCAAACGGGGAGUCCUCGUCCCCAGACAGUGGGUACCUGUCUCCUAAAAAUCAGCCCUCGGCCCUGAUGAGUGCCACAGCCAGCCAAAGCCCCACCAAAGACCAUCAGGAGAUGGAAGCCGAGGGGAGGUUACCUGAGGCCGGAUGUGGCCACCAGGGAGACAGAGAUGCGGUCCAGCCCUCCCACCGCAUCCCUCACCCGCAGCCACAAAACGGGCUCCACUUCUGGUCAGCGCCCAGGUUCAUUCAGAAGCUCAAGAGUCAAGAAGUCGCAGAGGGAAGUAGAGUUUAUUUGGAGUGUAGAGUCACGGGGAAUCCCACUCCUCGAGUCAGAUGGUUCUGUGAGGGGAAAGAGCUGCACGACACCCCUGAUAUUCAGAUCCGCGCCGAGGACGGGGACCUCCAUACCCUGACCAUCACAGAGGCCUUUGAGGACGACACAGGCCGCUAUACCUGUCUGGCCACUAACGCUAGUGGCUCCGACUCAACUUCUGCCGAGGUGUUCAUAGAAGGAGCCAGUUCCACGGAUUCUGACAGUGACAGUUUAGCUUUCCGAUCAAAAGCUGGAGCAAUGCCACAAGCUCAAAAGAAAACAACUUCUGUUUCCUUGACAAUAGGAACAUCCUCUCCAAAGACCGGAGUGACCACAGCUGUGAUUCAGCCUUUAUCAAUCCCUGUUCAGCAGGUUCACAGUCCAACUGCACAUCUUUGCCGGACCGAUGGAACCACCGCAGCCUGCUUUCCUCCUGUUUUUACAAAGGAACUGCAGAACACGGCCGCCUCUGAGGGCCAGGUGGUGGUCCUGGAGUGCCGAGUUCGAGGGGCCCCCCCUGUGCAGGUGCAGUGGUUCCGGCAAGGAAUUGAGAUCCAAGACUCUCCAGACUUCCGAAUUCUACAAAAAAAACCCAGAUCUACAGCUGAGCCUGAGGAGAUUUGCACCCUUGUCAUCGCUGAGACUUUCCCUGAAGACGCUGGGAUUUUUACCUGCUCAGCAACAAAUGACUAUGGAUCUGUGACCAGCACUGCCCAACUAGUUGUCACUUCAGCCAACACUGACAACUGUAGCUACGACUCAUUGGGAUACGCCAACAAUGACCACUUCCAGCACUUUCCACCUCCCCCUCCCAUGUUGGAGAUGAGCAACUUUGAGUUGGCAUCCCAGAAACCAUGUGAGAUCCAGCAGGUGAACAGCCCUGACCUAGGACUCAGCAUGGCGGCCCUUCACAUGCAAUUCAGUUCUCCAGAGAGGGAAACCAACGGCGUCUACCCUAGCCAUGGAAUGAACGGACUGAUGAAUGGCAAAGCUAACGGUAAUAAAUCUCUUCCAACACCAGCAGUCCUGCUCUCACCCACGAAGGAGCCACCACCUCUGCUUGCCAAACCAAAACUGGACCCCGCGAGGCUGCUGCAGCUGCAGACGCAGGUCCGCCUGGAGCAGGAGUCGGGCGCGCGGCCCCCGGCGCCGCCCUCGCCGCCGCCCUCGCCGCCCUUCCCGCCGCCGCCCGCCUGCCCCGAGCCGGCGGCCUCGCCCGCCGGGCCCGAGCCCAUGAGCGCGCUGGCGCCCCGCGCCGCCAUGCAGUCCUCCGGAUCCUUCAACUACGCGCGCCCCAAGCAGUUCAUCGCCGCGCAGAACCUGGGCCCCGCGUCCGGCCACGCCACGCCCGCCUCCAGCCCCAGCAGCUCCAGCCUCCCGUCGCCGCUGUCCCCGACGCCCCGGCCGCUGGGCCGCGCGCCCGCGCCGCCCUUCGCGUCGCCCUUCGGCGCCGACGCCCCGUGGGGCCCGGCCUCCCCGUCCCCGCCGCCGCCGCCGCCGCCCGUCCUCAGCCCCACCGCGGCCUUCCCGGUGCCCGACGCCUUCCCGCCGCCGCCGCCGCCGCUCCCGAUCUCCACCCCGGCCUCGCCCUGCGCCCCGCCCGGAGCCCGCCUGCACGGACAGACGCCCGCCGCCUUCCUCAGCGCCCUCCUGCCAUCCCAGCCGCCUCCCGUGGCCGUCAACGCCCUGGGGCUGCCCAGGGGCGUCACCCCCGCGGGAUUUCCAAAGAAGGCGGGGAGAACUGCUCGGAUUGCCUCUGAUGAAGAGAUUCAAGGCACAAAGGAUGCUGUCAUUCAAGAUCUGGAACGAAAACUUCGCUUCAAGGAGGACCUCCUGAACAACGGCCAGCCGAGGCUAACAUACGAAGAAAGGAUGGCACGCCGGCUGCUUGGUGCGGACAGCGCGACCGUGUUCAAUAUCCAAGAGCCGGAAGAGGAAACAGCGAAUCAGGAAUACAAAGUCUCCAGCUGUGAGCAAAGACUCAUAAGUGAAAUCGAGUACAGGCUGGAAAGGUCUCCUGUGGAUGAAUCUGGAGAUGACAUUCAGUAUGGGGAUGUGCCCGUGGAAAAUGGAGUAGCGCCAUUCUUUGAGAUGAAGCUGAAACACUACAAGAUCUUUGAGGGAAUGCCAGUGACUUUCACAUGCAGAGUGGCCGGGAACCCGACUCCUAAGAUCUAUUGGUUUAAAGAUGGGAAGCAGAUUUCUCCAAAGAGCGAGCACUACACCAUUCAGAGAGACCUCGACGGGACCUGUGCCCUCCACACAGUCGCCUCCACCCUGGACGAUGACGGCAACUACACCAUCAUGGCCGCCAACCCGCAGGGCCGCGUCAGCUGUACUGGACGGCUCAUGGUGCAGGCUGUCAACCAAAGAGGCCGCAGUCCGCGCUCACCCUCGGGCCAUCCUCACGUCAGAAGGCCUCGCUCUAGAUCAAGGGACAGCGGAGAUGAAAACGAACCAAUCCAGGAACGAUUCUUCAGACCGCACUUCCUGCAGGCUCCUGGAGAUCUGACCGUGCAGGAGGGGAAACUCUGUAGAAUGGACUGCAAAGUCAGUGGGUUACCAACCCCAGAUCUAAGCUGGCAACUAGAUGGAAAGCCAAUACGUCCGGACAGUGCUCACAAGAUGCUUGUUCGUGAGAAUGGGGUGCACUCUCUGAUCAUAGAGCCAGUCACGUCCCGAGACGCCGGCAUCUACACGUGUAUAGCCACCAACAGAGCAGGGCAGAACUCCUUCAGCCUGGAGCUCGUGGUUGCUGCUAAAGAAGCACACAAACCCCCAGUGUUUAUUGAGAAGCUACAGAACACAGGAGUUGCUGAUGGCUACCCAGUACGACUAGAGUGCCGGAUUGCAGGAGUCCCGCUGCCCCAGAUAUUCUGGAAAAAAGAAAAUGAGUCACUUACUCACAGUACUGACCGCGUAAGCAUGCACCAGGAUAAUCACGGUUACAUCUGCCUGCUCAUUCAGGGAGCCACAAAAGACGACGCUGGGUGGUAUACUGUAUCAGCCAAGAACGAAGCCGGGAUUGUGUCCUGCACUGCCAGGCUGGACGUUUACACCCAAUGGCAUCAGCAGACACAGACCACCAAGCCAAAAAAAGUACGGCCCUCAGCCAGCCGCUACGCAGCACUUUCGGACCAGGGGCUAGACAUCAAAGCUGCGUUCCAGCCCGAAGCCAACCCAUCUCACCUGACUCUCAAUUCUGGCUUGGUAGAAAGUGAAGACCUGUGAACCGGUCUUGUGAAUGCUGAGAUGCCACACAGCCAUUGUUUCGACCAAUAUAGUCCUGUCACAUUAAGUAAAAUUGACUUAUAAGAAUUAAAAAAAAAAAACACCAAAAUAAUAUCUUUUCUUACUUGAUAGAGAGUUUAAGUAGAUGAGGCUUAUAAGAAAUGUACACAUCGCACAGAAAAAGGCACACCAUGUUUUGUCCAAUUCAAACCGUUUGGAAUUGCUGUGAUUAAAGUGGUCUGAAAUGCCAAAAAUGCUAAAGGAAAUCAGUUAUUCCAAGGUAGCCAUGAUUUGAAUGAUCUACAAGUGCCUUUCAGCUGUGGGUGCUAUGUCGCAUGGUAGGAUGCAAUGUUUAAGGUGAUGCAACCAUGAGUCUACAGUGCGGGGUAUUCAGAUAGCUGGAGUGAAGCGAGUGCAAUACGUAAGGGUGCACAGAGAAUGAGGACCUGCCAGAGCUAUCCAAGUAAAUGCCUUGUCUUUGCAAACUAUUUUAUAUUCAAUCAUAAGGAAGAGAGACUUUUGCCUUCAAUGUUAUUAAUACCGUGAGUUUUCUAACAAGGUUAAUUGCCUUCGUUCUUAACCUCUUUCAUGUAGUAUUUUCUUUUCAGGCUGCCUUGUUAGGAAACUUAUUCAUCAUCCAUAUUCAAAGGUGAAUUUAAAUUAUAAAUAAUAUAAAGUAUUCUGAAUAAAGCAGAAAUGUAUUCCAGUCCAUUCCACAAGAGGCAUCAGGACCACCCAAAUGACCAAGGUGCAUAAGUGUUUGGUGGCCAUGAGGGUUUCGAAGGAGUCGGAAGUAGAUGAAGGGCAAUGCAGCCAGCACAAUUAGAAUGCAGCCAUGUGGAGAAGAGCAGCAAGGACAGGAGACAUGGCAGAGGCCAAGCUCUUCUUUGGUUUUCUCCAAAAUUAACCACAAA